AUGACACAUGAUUACAUUGGUCGUGUUGUGUUUGAUUUGAACCAAGUGCUUAAGAGAGUUCCUCCUGAUAGUCGUCCCUUGGCGCCGCCUCAAUGCAAAUUCCCACCAAACUUUUUCCACCCUAAUGUGUCUAUCCAUCAGGAACAGUCUUGUCUCUCCAUCCUUAACGAGGAUUCCCAUUUUUCUCCAUCACCAGCCAUCACAGUGAAGCAGAUUCUUGUCGGCAUUCAGGAUUUACUUGACACCCCUAAACCCGCUGACCCUGCACAGACUGAUGGUUACCAUCUCUUUAUUCAGGAUGUAGUUGAGUACAAGAAAAGGGUCAAACUUCACAAGGGAACAAACAGUGUUGAUGACAAACCUCUGAAUCUUGUGUGGUCUAUGUUUACAUGA